AACCCUGUCCGUGCAUGUGUUGCCAUUCGAUCCGAUGCCCAACUCCACACACGUUUUACGGCUUUGUGCAAACAAUUCGAAAGCAAUUUAGUCCAAAAAGUGUUUAUGAAGUUCACGGCGGUUUUAAUUGAGCAAUUUGUUGAACGCGAAUCGUGACUUGGCAGACAGGCGGCAGCCUUUAUAGUCGAAUUCGAAGAGAGAUGGCAACACUGCCGCACGCCGGCCAUGUUAUUGUGAUUUGUAAAAGGUGGAACGUAGACACGUGUUUAAUUCGUGCAGCUCUCUAACGUUUGAGAAAGCCAGGAAAAUCAACAGUAAAUAAAGCAAUAGACUACCAAAACACGCGAGUGACACUAAAUAUUAUUCAAAAAACCCACUAAUAGUGAGCAAAAUAAGUUAUCCAAGCGGUUGCAAGAGAUCCUUCAAUAUUCAGCGAAAAUGGUAUCCGGUCGUCCUCUACUCUACCUGUCACUGCCCGGUGUAGCAUUUAUACUCGGCGUCUUUUGGUUUCGGCGUAGAAAUAAAAAUCGUUUAGACAAGCCCGAUGACGAGGACACAUCGGCCAUCGGCAAGGACUCGAUUGAGCCCACUGUGCAGGCGCGCAAGGCCAACGGAGUCGUACAGAAUGGCAAAUUGCCGCAGCAGCCGGUCAGUAAGUCGAUGAACAUCAAUGGAACCUUAGCUAAUGGAAACGGAAGUGGCAGUGGCAGUAAUAGCGGAAGUGGCAGCGAUGAGAAGGAUAGUCCCACUACCAUGUUGUAUGGCAAAUCUGCACCUAUUAAAAUUCAAAGCAAUGGACGCACUUCAAAUGGCAAGCAUCAACAGCAGAUUGAUUCCGAGAUGCUCAAGUCAAAGAUUCAAGAUGCCGAGCACAAGAAACUCUGCUCAAUAGAUGAGGAUUUCGAGAAUCUGUCAUCGCCACGUGAUUUGCCCGAUUCGGUAAAUACACGCGUGUCCUUUUAUAAUCGUAAAGCCAGCCAAAAGACGGUGGAACCUGUGGUGAUCAAGGCCACGCGUACACCCAAAAUAUCGCCGGAGAAUUCCUUCCUGGAGACCAAUUAUGCCACCAAGGAAUGUGAGCAGAACAAUAACUGUGAGCCCAAGGAUGAGGAAAAAGGAGAAGACAAACAAGUGUCGUCCCAGGAGGAACAGUCUCAGGAGCCGGAGCAGCAGACGGUGCUGAAGGAGGAGGUGGUAGAUAAUAAUGGCAACCAGAAGCGCAAUGUGGAUGCAGCCAGUCCCUCGCUGAGCAUUUGCAGCGUUCAAUCAGGCGAUUCCGGCAAGGGAUCCAGUUUGCCCCGUUCGGAGGCGACGCGUGUGAAGACCAGCUACGAGUUCCUCUUCCCGAUCAGCCUGAUUGGUCAACUUUACGGGCGCAAGCGGGCGUUCAUCAACCAAAUCAAGAUCAAGACUCUGGCCAGCGUGACUCUCAGCAAGAGUCCCUACUCGGGUAAGGUGCGCAUCUGCACGAUUGAGGGAACUGAGAGUGAAAUUGAUGCCGCAUUGGCCAUGAUCCGUCAACGUUUGCCGAUCAAGCGGUAUCCCAACUUUACCAUGCAACGCAUCCACUUUGCGCUUCCGCAGACCAUAGUUCCUCUUUCGACCGAAAGCCUCUACAAUCUUCAACUGAAACUGAUCGAGGGCAUUAACAACGAUGUGGUGGUGAGUGCGGUGCUGUCCGGGUCGCAUGUGUUCAUCCAGCACCCGCUGCAUCCCUCGCAUCCAUCGCUGCCCAUGCUGCAGAAGCAGCUGUACGAUAGCUACUCCACUAUGGAGUCGCCCCAGCUGCCCAGCUUGGAGAUCAGUGCCGUUUGCGUGAUACCCAUCAAUGGGGUUUGGUAUCGCGUACAGAUCGUGGACACGGAUGCUGAGGACGAGGAGCGUUGCCUGGUCAAGUUCCUCGACUUUGGUGGCUACAUGAAUGUCGAAUUCAGCACACUGCGCCAGAUCCGCACCGAUUUCAUGAGUGUGCCCUUCCAGGCCACCGAAUGCAUCCUGUCCAACAUUGAGCCCAUCGAUGAGACAUGGUCUAUCGAGGCGGCCGAAAUCCUCAACAAACUUACCAAAGGCAUUGUCUUGCAAGCACAAGUCGCCGGCUAUAAUAGUCACAACAUACCAGAAAUCUAUUUAUUCGCUUCUCUAGGUCCCAAUAAUGUAAUCUUUAUCAAUAAGGAACUGGUCGCCAGAAACCUUGCGAAGUGGGUGGAGAUGCGUGACUAACAGCCUUAGUGAACAACUCAACUAGUAACCAAGAACUAAAUGAAAACUAAAAGCAAACUUAAACAACAAUCACUCAAAUCCAAAUCAAGUAACUUGGCAGUGCAACAAAGAAAAGCUUAAGUCUUGUGCAACAGUCUCCCAAAAAAGCGGUGACGAAUUCGGAUCACGUAUUGCGGACGCGGCUUUAGCAGAUCGCAUGUAGCACAUAGAAUAUAGCAAAUUGCAGAUUCCAAAAGAACUGCCAAACGCAGAGGCCCCCUAAAAAAAAUCGUUCGUUAAGGUGUAAAAUGCGACUGAGCCUAGAGAGAGCCCCUUAAUCAUUACAUAAAAAAAACACAUAUACACGCAAAUUACACACACGCAUAUAUGAAUAAGAGCACCUAACACCUCACUAACCCAAAAACACACACAUUACAAAACAAGGCAAACGUUUGUUUGUUGACAGCCCAGGAUUGGAUACCAAAAUGGGGGGAAGAUCAACUAGGUUAUGAUUUGUGACCACAUGGCACCAACGGGCGGGCGGACAUCCUACGGAUCGGC